AUGACAAUGCAAGUGACCGGUGCGGCUGCCGAGGGCACGCGUGGGUUCAUGUGUAAAAGGUACAUGGACACCGGCAAUUUCAACGCGAAGUCUGAGGUGUACUCCAUCGGAGUUACCAUCCUGCAGCUGAUUGCCGAGCACUGCGACACGCGGCCUCCGUGCAGUGGCGCAGAGCGAGAGGCCAUGCAGAAGCUGGCGGCGAUGGCUGCUGCGGGCCAUUCAGCCCUUUGCGCGACGGAUCACCUGCUGCCGCUGCUGAGGCGAGCUAGCGGCCAGAGAGGCUGCGCAAGCGCGCCUGCGGAGGAGGUGUCAGCUUUGAGGGCAAGCAUGGAGCGCAUGAACGCCGAGCUACGUGGGCUCCGGCUGCAAGAGCAAGCGGCACGGGCACAGAUGCAGCAGGUUGCACAGGGGAUAUGGUGCGCAGCUUCCUGGCGGCUGGGCGCCAGCGACACGAUGCUUGAAGAGCAUCGAGACAGGGGAGGCACCAUCCCCUGCGUCCGGCACAACCCCAUGUUCCAGCCGCAGUGCAGUGCGUAUUACUCCGAGCAGGCGCUGGCUCGCGCCCUGCCUGGUGAGGUUAUUUUUGUGGCCUACCGCGGGCUUCUCAAAAUGGAAUGCCACGGGAAAAUCGGCACCACGGCGGCAGGCUAUUUUGACAGCUGA